AUGUCUGACGAAAUAGCACCUGUACAGCUUAUCGAUGAGAAUCAAAGUGGUCAAGACCCCAACCGGGUGUUUAAAGACUUGGCAGCCGGAACCGCGGGUGGUAUGGCCCAGGUUUUGGUCGGCCAGCCCUUUGACACGACCAAAGUGCGCUUGCAGACAUCGUCAACACCAACUUCGGCUAUAGAGGUGGUCCAAAAUCUGGUGAAAAAGGAAGGUCUGCGCGGGUUUUAUAAGGGAACUCUAACGCCCUUGAUCGGCGUGGGUGCAUGUAUGUCUUGCCAAUUUGGGGUCAACGAAGCCAUGAAGCGGUUUUUCAGAGGUGACAAGCCAAAUCCAAACGGCCUGCUCACACUACCACAGUAUUACGCUUGUGGUUUCGUCGGUGGUGUGGCCAAUUCGUUUCUGGCAGCUCCAAUUGAGCAUGUAAGAAUCAGACUUCAAACCCAGACUGCUUCAGGUGCAGCGGCGGAGUUCAAUGGCCCUUGGGACUGCAUUAAGAAACUUGUGCGCGCCAAAGCUCUGAUGCGCGGGCUAUCACCAACGCUUUUAAGAGAAGCUCAAGGUUGCGGUGCCUAUUUUCUGACUUACGAAGCGCUUGUGGCCAAUCAGAUGAAAAAUGGUGUUGCUCGAACAGAAAUUCCCGGGUGGAAACUGUGCCUCUACGGAGGUCUAUCAGGUAUUGCUUUAUGGCUGUCCGUGUAUCCACUUGAUGUUGUUAAGUCAAUCAUGCAAACGGACAAGAUCGACCAGCAAGUGCAUGGUAAAAAUAUGGUACGAGUAGCGCGAAAUGUUUAUGCAAAGCAUGGCUGGCAGGCAUUCUUCAAAGGCUUCGGACCCACAAUGCUCAGAGCUGCUUUUGCAAACGCGGCUACUUUUGCCACUUUCGAAAUGGCAAUGCGAGUCCUAGGGUAG